UGCAAGCUUAUUCACAUACACACGCAUGUACACCUUAAUGUUUAUAUAGGGUGGUUUCUUCUUGGUGUUAUUCUUGUUCUGGCUUGUGCUUUAAUGCAUUCUUCUUCUUCUUCAAACCUCUUAAUGACUACUGUGCCUUGAAUGUUGGGUUUGAGUAUAUCUCUUUCUCCUCCAAAAGUAGUGCCACUUACGUAGGGCAUGAUGAUGAAGAAGAGUGGUUUUGAGAAGAUGGUGAUGUUGCAGAAGAACAACAAGAACAAGGGAAGCUAUGAUGAUGAGAAACCAAGGAGUAAGAGGUUUUUGGUGAACAUCAAUAUCAUGGGGAGUGCAGGGCCUAUUAGGUUUGUGGUGAAUGAGAAAGAGCUUGUUUCUGGGGUCAUUGAUACUGCUCUCAAAUCUUAUUCCCGUGAAGGGAGGCUUCCUGUUCUUGGUUUUGAUGCCACCAAUUUCCUUCUUUACUGUGCUAAUGCUGGCUUUGAUGCUUUGAGUCCAUUGGAACCGAUAGGAUCUUUUGGAGUGAGGAAUUUUGUGCUAUGCAAAAAACAGGUGUACUCAUCUUCAAAGGUAGCACCACAAUCUGAGUUGGCGUCUCACAAGAGCAGUGGUGGCCAUGGAUGGAAGGCAUGGUUGAAUAAAUCAUUUGGUUUAAAAAUCGUAUCCCAUUGAGAUAUAAAGGUGUUAUAAGUUCCCUUUGUAUUAUGGAUUGUGCUUUAAUUAGUCACUAUAUAGUAUAUAUGAGUGUGAUUGUGGCAACUAUGCUAUAGUAAUUCAUAUGUUUUGCCCAAUCUCCCGGAGACAACUUAAUAACAUUGAAUAAUUUAGGUUAUUCGCUUCUUCAUUGUAUAAACAAAAGAUGCUCGUUCUUUGGAAGUUUAUAUCAUGGGUUACUUUACAUUCAA